AUGGUGGACUCGAAGAAUGCGUUGCGGUUGACGGAUGAGAGCUCGCCGGAGCCGCCGAAACGGGCCAUGACGGCGUAUUUGAUCUUUUGCAGCAAGCAUCGCGAGCGAGUGAUGCGGGAGGUGCACGGAGACGACGGCGCGCGGAAGUUUUCGCGAGACGAAAUGCAGUUAGUGACGACGCGGUUGGCGGAGAUGUGGAAUAACAUUUCGGAGAAGGAGAAGAAGGAGGUGCAGGCGAAGGCGGCCGCGGCGAAGGCGGAGUAUGAGAUGCAGAAGGCUGCGUUUUCGCCGGCGUUGCUGAAGAAGUUGCAUCGGUUGAAGAGCAAACCGAAGGGAACGGUCGUCGUGGAGGCGCAGGGUGAAAAGCCCGUGCGCGCCAAAACGGCGUAUUUGAUCUUCUGUGGUAAGCAUCGCGCGGCGGUGAUGCGGAAGAUUCAUCCGGAACCAGAGGCCAAGUUUACGCGCGCUGAGAUGCAGCAAGUCACCACGGAGUUGGCUGCGUUGUGGAAUAACAUCUCCCCGCAGGAGCUCGCCGAAUGCAAGGCGGCGGCGGCGAAAGAGCUCGAGCGAUACAAGCAGUUGAAAGCAGAAUACCGCCCGCCGGUGUACGGGCCAUCCAAGCGGAACAAAGGCAAGAGCGUGCCGGGCAAGCCCAAGCGCGCUCCCACCGCGUACCUCAUCUUUGCCGAAGAGUUGCGCGCCAGAAUCAGACAGGAGCGACCGCAUUUGAAGCACGACGAAAUCUCUCAAAAACUGUCUACGGCCUGGAAGGAGAUCGACGAAGCCUCCAAGAGAAUCUUCCAGCAAAAGGCGGACGCAAUCAAGGCGGAUCUCAUGCAAAACAUGCCGAGUUCUGUGAUGCUCACGGGCCUGGAACACUCCUUACCGGAGCCACACUACAAUACGCACAUGUACCCCUAA